AACAAACCUAUGGAUCUGGUAGUGGGACAAUCAACACUAGGCUCCUUUCUUUAUUUGAACAAAACCUUUGCAUGUUCGCACGUUGACUGUAAAUAAGGUUGAAAAUACAAUCCGGAUAUUUUUUAUAAAAUUGGGUAAAAUAUUUACAGGAAAUCUACACACCACUCAGUGCGUCACACAAAGCACUGUGUGCCGUGUCCAUAGAAGAACAAGCCAUGUUCUGAUCAAUCCUGUACGUUAAAUUCGAAAUAAUAAUCGAUUGUAUAUGUAUAUGAGUGUUGGUUGAAGAUGGCUGCCACCAACAUGUCGAACGAGGGGUUUCAAAUUCAGUUCGCCUCUGUUAUGGCGAGUGUAUUGAAGACGGCAGUCACCGAGACAACGAAACUUUUCGAAACAAUUAUUGGGGAUCUGCGAGGCGAAAUAUCCAGAAUAAAAGAAGAGAACGAGGACCUCAAAUCGAGGCUUCGAUCCCAUGAAAUAACGAAGAGAUGGACCGGUGGAAGUGAACGCCAAACCGCAGAACCUAGACCGAGUCGAAGUACAACACGUAUCGGAAAAUGUGACAUCGGCGUUCAAUGUGUUCUGACAAAGCAAGCUUUACCUCAGGCUGGGGAGCAGCACCUGCGGGAGGAGGACCAGGGGACUGAGCUGCUCUGUGGAGCGUAUGACGAGGAGGGCAACCCACAGAUGGCCUUUGUUCUGAUCAAACAGGAGGUGGAUUGGGAGGCAGACUAUUCUGAUUACUACUCCCCCGGGUACAUACUGCUGAAGAAGGAGGGGGGAGAUCCCCCGACUCUGGUCCGCAGACAACCUCUCAGAGAGUUACCAGGCAGAGCCCUGGUCCCUCCUGGAGCCGUCAGGGCCCUGGUCAACCGUUACACCCAGGAAAGGCCUCCCACCACCCAGUCUACAUCAGGAGCCGCAGCGGCCGUCCUCCAGGGAGAUCCAGACACCCAGGAGCCCCCCCAGGCUCGCAGCCCAUCCCAGCCCAGGACCAGAGAGGUUAACAGUGGCAGUGCAGGCCAGGACCAGGCCCCUGGAGCAGAACAGCAGUCACUGGUAAUACCAGCAGCAGAGUCUCCAUCAACAUUAGACCUGACAGAAUCUCCUCAAUCAGCAGCCACUAUCCAGUCUACAUCAACUGUUCUGUCUACUGUAAUGGCCCAGUCCACGGUAACUACUCUGUCAAAAGAAACUGUCCAAACGACCACAGCGGUCCAGUCGACUGUAGCGGUGAAGUCGACAGCAGCAGCGUCAGAGCGCCCGCCACCUGUCCUCUCUGGGUUACCCAGAACCCCUCUUCAGGAUACACAGCCCAGCCCCGUACCCCCUCAUCCACCCCCAUCUCCUCGACCAGCACAGUCCCACACAGACGUUCUACCUGUAGCUCAUCCAAUAGCAGUGCCCUCAACACAACCAGCUAGGCCUACAGCUGUACCUGAUGGACCACCGGCCGCACCACCAACAAAACCACAACCGCCUACACUUUUGGAGCAGUUGGGUGUUGCCACGGAAACAUCGCUAACACCACCGAUCCAGUCCGCUCCGUGUCCGACUGUGUUGAAAGAACCUGCCGCCCCCCCUGAGAAGCAGGCGUCGUUGGUCACUGAGCAUGUGCAACGCUCCUCCACCGUGCCACGACCGAAGUCACCUGCUGUCCCAGAGACGAUGUCUGAUGAAGCUCCUGUACAGCUGUCAGCCCCUGCUGUAACUACACCCUCACCCUCUUGCCCCUUUGAAAUGUCUAAGACACAGUUUGUAUCUCAGUUGUCAGUAGUGCCCCUAGUACGCGCCCUGCCGAGGUUGGAGGAAGACGGGGAGGAAGAUGAAGGGCAGGAAGAUGAGGGAGGGCUUUCUUCCCUCCCUGCCACGUCUACGGAAGCUGUGACAACCAGGUCUGUUGCUACGGAGACGACCCCCGCCGGCGAGAAAAAGGAGGAGAUUGUUGUCCAGGUUGGCGGCAGCCGAAAGUCAAGUCGACGUGAAUCGAUCCUCUCUGGUCUCCGCCUCCGCUUAAGGCCCCGCCCCCGGGACAGUACUCCCUCUCCCGUGGUUGCUAAGAAACCCAGAGGAGAGAGAACCGCCCCUCUAGACCAUGACUACUCAAAGGUGAUGCAGAACAGAGGAGAAAAGUCCAGAGAAUUACACGUUGACCAGGAUGUAGUAGAGGACACCUCUAAAGGUGAGACGGCUGAUGACAAGUCUAGUGGACAAGGAAGUAGUAACCACAUCAGUGAGGAAGAGGAAGGAGCUAACACUGAUGUGACCUCUCCCACCAGACAGUCAGCUAUUGUUGGAGGUGUGUCCAAAUCCAAGAAGAGAAGCAUGACCUGGGUGCAAGCUCAGAGAGGUUUGGCUCUAGCCCAGGCUAAGAGGAGUAGGUCAAAGGUCACUAAGGCCUCACAGAGAGGUCUGAGGUCAGAGCUAAGAGGUCUGGUCACACAUACACAGUUUCUGCCUUCUAACCCACAGUACCGCCGGUCAUAUAGCCCCAGCACUGCCUCCACAUCCAGCCUGCAUUGCACCAGCCCUCACGGUGCCCCCAGCCCACGCCGCACCAGCCCUCGCCAAGCUACGGGAGCGAAUGUGAACCCUUCUCCUACCACCCCUCCUCACCCGCAGCCUCACCCGUUCAAGGUCACUUCCACCACCCCUUGCCGCUUAACACCUCGUUUGGUGGCUGCGGCGGCUUUAUAUUUGAAACGGUCUCCCUCUUCCCCUCAACCUAUCUCGUUUACCAAAGCAUGUCAAGCGCCCGUUCAUCUGCUCUGCCUGCGGCAAGGACUUCCCCAACCUCAAGGGCCUCAACUGCCACGACCGCGUCCAUGGUGACCAGCGGGGCCACCAGUGUCUGCAGUGCAGCAAGACAUUCGUCUACCGCUUCGGCCUGACUAAGCACGAGCAGAUGGUCCACAGUGGCGUGCGCCCGUUCGCCUGCCCGAUCUGUGGCAAACGCUUCGCCAUUCGGCGCGACAUGGAGACGCAUAUCCGUGUUCACACUGGAGAGAAACCAUUUGCCUGCUCCCUCUGUGUGAAGCGGUUCAAGAGGCGUGUGGAACUGAAUGUUCACCUGAGGUGGCACAACGGGGAGAAGAGACACUGGUGCUCGUACUGCGGAAAGGGCUUUCUGGAUUACAAUAAUCUGAAGAGGCACAAACUAGUCCACACCGGAGAGAAACCCUACACCUGCUCUGAGUGUGGCAAGCACUUCAAACAGACUGGCCAUCUGAAGAAACACCUGAAGACAAUACACAAAGACCGAUAGAUAGGGCAGGGUACGAGUCUUUAAUGUCACCCUAUUCCCUAUAUAGUGCACUAUGCAGGCUCUGGUCCAAAGUAGUGCACUAUAUGAGAAUAGGGUGUAUAGAUGGAAAUAAUACACAUUCUCCAUUUGUCAGUUCAAAACCCAGCCAUAAAGGUUUUAAUGAGAUAUUGUGUGUAGUUUGGUGAGGAAAAAAAUACAUUUAAUCCUUUUUUAAUUCAAGCUUGAAUUCUCACAGUGAUUAAUGAAGCAGGGAUCUCAAUCUAUUCCCACAGUGACCGGGAAGGACUUGUUCUUUUAUGUUUUUCUGUACUGAUUGAUUAUAAGAGUCAACGCUUUGGUUGUGUAAACAUUUGGGGCUACUUUUGUUUUUUGGAAGGUUCACGCUGCGAGAGAAUGAUGUAGCUAAGUGAUGACGUAGUGUAAAAAAAUAAUGACAUAGCUAAGUGAUGACGUAGUGUAAAAAAAUAACGACGUAGCUAAGUGAUGGCGUAGUGGAAAAAAAGAAUGACGUAGCUAAGUGAUGACGUAGUGGAAAAAAAGAAUGACGUAGCUAAGUGAUGACGUAGUGGAAAAAAAGAAUGACGUAGCUAAGUGAUGACGUAGUGUAAAAAAAGAAUGACGUAGCUAAGUGAUGGCGUAGUGGAAAAAAAGAAUGACGUAGCUAAGUGAUGACGUAGUGGAAAAAAAGAAUGACGUAGCUAAGUGAUGACGUAGUGGAAAAAAAGAAUGACGUAGCUAAGUGAUGACGUAGUGUAAAAAAAGAAUGACGUAGCUAAGUGAUGACGUAGUGUAAAAAAAGAAUGACGUAGCUAAGUGAUGACGUAGUGUAAAAAAAGAAUGACGUAGCUAAGUGAUGACGUAGUGUAAAAAAAGGAGAAAAAUGUUGAAUUUACAUUUAUUGUAUUUAAAACAAAAUCUGAUUCUUUGUACAUUUUGUUUAUUAAGAAGUUGUUAAGCUGAAAAGCAAGGUAAAAUUUAGUUUUAUCGCAGUCACGCACAUUAUGGUUUUAUGUUCGACAGGUUUGAACUAGUUUCAUUUAAAUUUGUUUUAUGUUAUCUGUGCUUUCAUUGCACUUUUGAUCAAUGAUGUUCCUCAUGGUUGGUUUAAUGGAUCAUUUAUAGAAUGGUGUGGGCUGAUAGAUUUAGGCCUAGCCGUAAAAGAUAGCUUUAAGUUUAUUCUAGGGUUUAACCUAUUCAGUGUUGUUGAAUGUUUAAAACCAGACAUGACUUGUUUUAAUAAUUUUUCAGCGCUAUUAGAUAUGCUUGGGAGGGUGCACUCUCUCAGCGUCCAGGCACAUGUUGGGCCCAACAGUAUCAGUCAUUUGAAAGUUGAAACCGUCUAGGAUGGGCGCUCUAUGACAUUGCAAUAUCAGAUUUGCUACUUAUACUGAAAAUAAAUCUGUCUCAUCUCUCUGGGUCAGUUAGCAAGAACCAAUUAAAGUUCAUAUUUUGGUUUGGC